AUCAAAUUGGAAAUAAUAAAAAUUUAUUUAUUGAUAUUUGGGUCUUCCAUUUCUGGCUGACGCAAGCUGAGAAUGGAGGAGUUUGAACGAAGAAAAAAGUGGCAUUGAUGGCUUUUCUUCAUCUUCCACUUUCCUACUCUCUGCGUAUCUUUUUCCCCUUUUCGACUUCGAAUUUCUUCGAUUUCUUUUCGCCUUCUCCGAUUUCGUGGAGGGACGCACCAGAAAGGAGCAGCUAUGAAGACUUCUUUGCGGAAGUUGCGGGGUUUAGGACUGCACAAGCACGAAGCUAAGGACCGUAUAGAUCUUCGUCCUUUGGCUCAAUUGGAUGAGCUUGCUCAGGCUUCUCGGGACAUGGAAGAAAUGAGAGACUGUUAUGACAGCUUACUUUCUGCAGCUGCCGCUACAGAAAAUAGUGCUUACGAAUUCUCAGUCUCAUUACAAGAAAUGGGUGCAUGUCUUCUUGAGAAAACAGCACUGAAUGAUGAUGAAGAUAGUGGUAAGGUUCUGCUAAUGUUGGGAAAGGUGCAAUUUGAGCUCCAGAAACUUGUUGAUCGAUAUCGUUCUCAUAUUUCACAAACAAUAACUCGUCCAUCUGAAUCUCUUCUGAAUCAACUUCGAACAGUUGAGGAGAUGAAGAGACAAUGUGACGAGAAAAGAGAAGUAUACGAGUACAUGAGACUGAGGCACAAGGAGAAGGGGAGGUCAAAGACUGUUAAAGGAGAGAGCUUUACAUCGCAACAGUUGCAAACAGCUCGAGAGGAAUAUGAUGAUGAGGCAACCUUAUUUGUUUUCCGGUUGAAAUCGUUGAAGCAAGGACAGUCUCAUAGUCUUCUCACGCAGGCUGCUCGUCACCAUGCUGCUCAGCUAUCUUUCUUCAAGAAGGCACUUAAAUCUCUUGAAUCUGUGGAACCACAUGUCAAAUUGCUGACAGAACAGCAGCACAUUGAUUACCGAUUCAGUGGACUAGAAGACGACAAUGUCGAUUAUGGGAAUAAUGAUGGUGUUGAUGAUGAUGAUGGUUAUGAUGAUGGUGAUGAUGGGGAAUUAAGCUUUGAUUAUGGGCAAAAUGAUCAUGAUCCUGAUAUUUCAACAUUUCGAAGUCCUGAGUUGGAUCAGCCAGAUCUUGCAUUUCACCACGUGGAAGCUGUGAAGGAAAAUCUUGACAGAAAUCGUAGGAAUUCCUUUUCUUUUGGUGCUAGAACAACAAGCCAAUCUGCCCCACUUUUUCCUGAAAAAAGAUUUGAUGCUGCUGAAAGAAUAAGACAGAUGCGGCUUUCAUCAACCCGGAAGUUCCACACUUAUGUUCUACCCACCCCAGCUGAUACAAAGGGUUCAGUUUCUGGGGGCCCCGGAAACCCGGUGCCUAACGCCAUACAGACGAUACAUCAGCAAAAUUUGUGGCGGCAUUCGUCACCACUGGAACCUAGGAAGUACGACAAGUUAGUCGGAGAUGAAAAUAUGUCAGGACAUGGUGCUGCAAAGACGCAGUCUGUACUCAAGGAGAGUAACACUAACACAGCAUCCACUCAGUUACCUCCUCCUUUGUCUGAUGGGUUGCCACGGCACAGUCCAGCUGCAGCUUCUUAUGCUAAAAAAAUUAAGAGACUAGCCUUUUCGGGUCCUCUAAUAGGUAAGCCAUCAGCUAACAAAUCUGUUCCAGUCGAAAACCCCCAAUUGUUUUCAGGACCUCUCUUACGAAAUCCAAUGCCCCAACCUUUAUCAUCAUCACCAAAAGUGUCCCCAGUUGCUUCCCCUACUUUUAUUUCCUCACCUAAAAUAAAUGAGCUUCAUGAGCUUCCUAGGCCUCCCAUUAGUUCAACAUAUAAGUCGUCAAGACCUUCAGGUUUAGUUGGUCACUCGGCUCCAUUGGUAUCCAAAAGUCAAGGACUCUCUACUGCCACUAAAACUGUAGUAAGGAGUACAGCGUCUCCAUUGCCAAUGCCUCCCCUCCAAACCAUCACACGCAGUUUCUCCAUUCCUUCAAGGAGCCCUAGGGAGACAGAUACCUUAUUUCAUGAGUCAAAGCCUCUGGAAACUUCUGAAUCUUCUGCAAUGGCCUUAGACACGACGUCACCUCCCUUGACACCACUUACCUUAUCUAACAACCAGAGUCAUCCAUCAACAGGUUCGGAGAAUGUGGUCCAAGUCCUGCAAGUUAAAGGUGCAGAUUGAUGAAACCUUAUGUGGAGAUCAUUGUCUGUUGAUGGCAGUCAGAAAUGGUCGGGGCCAAAAGUUAGUUGUUUCCAACCAUCAUCCAGUACAGGUCUUUCCUAUGUUGUAAAUAAUUCCUCAUCUAUUCUGUUCUCAUCUCAUGAUGAUUGAUGACCACUUGGCUCGUAAUUAUUUAAAUAAUUGCCAUUUCGUUCAUCACCCAACGAGUUUUGUAUCUCCCCAAGCAAUUUAUGGUGAAAAAGAGAGAAAAAUCCCCCCUACCACCCCCCAAAAAGAACCCACAAUAACAAAUUAUUUUCCCUUCCAAUUUUGUACCCUUUAGUUUACACUUUCUAGGUUGAGAAAUUAAUGCUUCUACAAAAUGUUGAAUGUAUUGUGACUUUCUUCUUUCAUUCAUGGAUCAAGUGGCAUUUCUUCAAUUGAUAUGAGAAGAUUGUGUAUACAAAUUCAACUUCAGAU